AUGGAUGUUUACGAAAAUGCAAAAUUAUUUCGUAAAUAUCGCACAAAGCAACAAUUAUCAACUGGAAUUAUUCAGAAACAAUCCAAUAAUCGUAAUGAACGUUUGUCGCAUGUCGCAUUUGGUAGCAAAAUGGCGAAUGAUUUAAAUGUAAAUUAUGUAGAACGAAAAAAUGCAAGUCGACAGCAGCAACGACACUUUAAAAGAGAUUUAUCUUUUCAUGAAAAUGCAAAUGAAGUAAAUAAUGAAAUAUUUUCAUUGUCUGAUACAAAUUUUGUUACUGAUGCUUUUACAACAACAACAACAACAACAACGAGUGCCACUACUAUUACUGCUACAACAAAUAGUACCAGUAAUACUGAUAUUGUUAACAGAUUUAUGGAUCCUAUUACGGGAGAGACAAUGCGAUAUGAGACAAUUGAAGCACACUGUAAUUGUGCCAAUAAACUUGACAUGGAAUGUAUUAUAUUCGAAUCAGUCCCACCAUCUGAUUAUGCUAAAUGUAUUUGUACCUUCGAUAAUAAAAUGGACAUUGCUUGGCCAUGUUUCAAUAUAUCCGCAUGUUUUGAAGAUGGUUUUUGUGAGCCAAAACAAGAUUACCUGAUUCAAAGCGUUAAUUGGCCUUGUUUAUGCCGGAAUCGCACCACUGAUUCA